GCGGCCGCCGCAAUGGCCUGUAGCAUCUCGUGACGAGUGUCAAACUCAUCGGCAUCAUCGACAAGUACGAGCUCAUUCUUGGAAUUUUCAAGUGGGUCUAAAGAUCAACUAAAUCAAUAUCGAAGAUGACAUCAAAAGAACUAUCAUUCUUCGUCGUUCUCGUGUCACUCACUGUGUGCAAGUAUCGUUUUUACGCAUUUGAAAUCAAAGCAAUAUCGAAUUUUACGUCGUCGUCGUCCAGAUCGUUGGAAUCGAUGUUGAUGAUCAACAGCAGGAUACCUAGGGCUACCGUGAACGAUAUUGUCUCGAAGAACAUCACUAUGGUCCUCGAGAAUCUAUUGAUGAAUUACGAAAAUAGUCAACUGCCUACGCAUGAUAAAGGCAUGCCCACAGUGGUAAAAACAAAUAUCCUAAUUAGGAGUAUGGGUCCAGUGUCCGAGCUCGAUAUGGAUUAUUCGAUGGAUUGCUAUUUUCGACAAUCAUGGCGCGAUUCGCGUUUGAGUUUUCUGGGUCCAAUCAAAUCUCUCAGCCUCAGCAUCAAAAUGCUCGAGAGAAUCUGGCGACCUGAUACUUACUUUUACAAUGGCAAGCAUAGUUACGUACAUACGAUCACCGUACCGAACAAAUUGUUAAGGAUCUCCCAGGACGGCGAUAUAUUGUAUUCCAUGAGACUUACUAUCAAGGCUAAAUGUCCUAUGGAGUUGAGAAAUUUUCCUAUGGAUCGGCAAUUUUGUCCAUUGAUAAUGGGAAGCUAUGCGUACACAUCGGGACAACUAGUUUACGAAUGGCAAGAAGGGCAAGAAGGGAAAGAAGGUUCAUCGGUUAAUUUUGUACCUGGAAUGGCGCUUUCGCAAUUCGAUUUAAUGGGCUCGCCAUAUAGAAAUCUCACAUUUGUUCGUCGCGAGGGCGAGUUUUCGGUGUUGCAAGUAUCUUUCAAUUUGCAGCGACAUACCGGAUACUUUCUUAUACAAGUUUAUGUACCAUGUGUUUUGAUAGUUGUAUUGAGUUGGGUAUCUUUUUGGAUUCAUCGUGAGGCAACAAGUGAUCGAGUAGGUUUAGGUAUCACUACCGUCUUGACGCUAUCAACGAUAAGCCUCGAUUCUAGGACAGAUUUGCCGAAAGUUAGAUAUGCUACCGCUUUAGAUUGGUUUCUCUUAAUGAGUUUCGGUUAUUGCAUCGCUACUCUUCUAGAAUUUGCUGGUGUUCAUUAUUUCACGAAGAUUGGUAGCGGCGAGAUUCCGUUGGAUGAUGAAGAAUGGGAAGAUUGGGAAGGCAUUACGAAUGAAGAAUUCGAGGAUACAUUUGGCACAAUCAUUUCUUGCAGUCCUCAGACUGAUCAUCCGGAAAUCGGUGACACGAGUACCAGAAGACGUGGGUCUCUUAUAUCUACAAUAUAUAGCGAUGGAGUCACUUAUAAAGAUUCCUGUCGAUCUAUCACAGUCGCCGUUUCUUCAAAGCCGUCGACGAUGGAAAGACAGACACAAACUGAGCUUAUUUUACCAUUAUGGCGACAAUUUCUUUAUUGUUUAGCAGGAGAUGAUGCUUUCAGACGCCGUCGACAACGAGAAGUAACCAGUAGCUAUCGAAAAUGCGGUGAUCGUAUAUCGAGACACAUAAAUAGUGUGUCUUACAUCGACAGAGUUGCGCGAAUAGUCUUUCCCGCUUCUUUUGGCCUACUUAACGUUUGCUACUGGGUAGUUUACGUUACUUAUCAAGAGGAAUUUAAAUGGCAAGACCCACCGAUUGGAUCGAUAGCACCAAUCUCUCACUAACGAAAUUUGGACAAACAUCAAUGAAGC